AGCACCCUCGGGUAGAGGAUCACAGGGACAGAAUCAGAGAACCAGAUCCAGGGAGGCCGGCGGAGGUUCCUGCAGAGGGAGCGCCCAGCUCUGAGCCGCUCUUCCUGGGAACGGGCAGGGUCGCCCGGCCUGCCCACUGGCAAGAGGGACGGGACUGACCCACUUGUUCCCAUCAGCUUCUGAAGCAGGUGCCUGUGUUUGUUAGACAAAUACUGCCAGGCCUGCCACCCCUUUAGCUCCAAAGUCAGAGGUGCAGAGAGCCAGGACCAAGAGAUGAGCUGCUCACCAGGGAUGAACAAAUUGCCAGAGAUGUGGUGCAUUGUCCUGUUUUCCCUUGUGGCCUGGGUUUAUGCUGAGCCUACUAUGUAUGGAGAGGUUCUAUCCCCCAACUACCCUCAGGCGUACCCCAAUGAGGUCGAGAAGUCUUGGGACAUAGAAGUCCCUGAAGGGUAUGGGAUCCACCUUUACUUCACCCACCUGGACAUAGAGAUGUCUGAGAACUGCUCCUAUGACUCACUGCAGAUAAUGUCGGGAGGCCAUGAAGAAGGGAAACUCUGUGGACGGAGGACCAGCAAGAAUUCCAACUCUCCAGUGGUGAAAGAGUUCCACAUCCCAUACAAUAAACUCCAGUUGAUCUUCCGGUCGGACUUCUCCAACGAGGAGCGUUUCACUGGCUUUGCUGCGUACUAUGUCGCCGAGGAUAUAAACGAGUGCACAGCUUUUGCAGAUGCUCCUUGCAGCCACUUCUGCAAUAACUUCAUUGGUGGUUACUUCUGCUCCUGCCCUCCGGAAUACUUCCUCCAUGAAGAUAAGAAGAACUGUGGAGUCAAUUGCAGCGGGAAUGUAUUCACCACAAUGACUGGGGAGGUUGUGAGUCCUAAUUACCCCAGUCCAUACCCAGAGAGCUCAAGGUGUGACUAUCAGAUCCAGUUGGAGGAGGGGUUCCGAGUGGUGGUGACCAUGAGGAGAGAAGACUUUGAUGUGGAACCAGCUGACUCCGAGGGCCACUGUCCUGACAGUUUACUUUUUGUGACAGAAGACCAGCAUUUUGGUCCUUACUGUGGGAAUGGCUUUCCUGGGCCACUAACUAUUGAAACCCAGAGCAGCGCUCUGAAUAUCAUCUUCCAAACUGAUGGAUCAGAACAAAGAAAGGGAUGGAAAUUUCGUUACCAUGGAGAUCCAAUCCCUUGUCCUAAAGAAGUCAUUGCCAAUUCCUUCCGGGAGCCUGAGAGAGCAAAAUAUGUGUUCAGAGAUGUGGUGAAGAUAACCUGUGUGGAUGGGUUUGAAGUUGUGCAGGGAAGUGUUGGUUCCCCAUCUUUCUACUCUACUUGUCAAAGCAAUGGAAAGUGGAGUAAUUCCAAGUUGCGGUGUCAACCCGUGGACUGUGGCACUCCUGAACCCAUUCAGCAUGGUAGAGUUGAAGAUCCGGAAAGUACUCUGUUCGGUUCCAUCACUCGCUACUCUUGUGAGGGACCAUAUUACAGCAUGGAACAUGAAGGGAGCGAGGUGUAUCACUGCAGCGGCAAUGGGAGCUGGGUGAACGAGGUGCUGGGCACAGAGCUGCCAAAAUGCGUUGCAGUCUGUGGCACCCCCAGCGAGCCUUUUAUAUCAACACAAAGAAUAUUUGGAGGCUCCAUGGCAAAGAUUGAAAAUUUCCCCUGGCAAGUCUUCUUCUCGAACCCAUGGGCUGGUGGGGCUCUCAUUGAUGAAUACUGGGUGCUGACAGCUGCCCAUGUCGUGGAGGGAAAUGAUAUGCCAGUGAUGUAUGUUGGAUCCUCCUCAGUGGUCACCUCACAAUUGUCAAAUGCUCAGAUGCUCACUGCCGAGAGAGUGUUCAUCCAUCCAGAAUGGGAGGUCCUGGAUCCUUCGAUAGUACGGAAGAAUUUUGACAAUGACAUUGCACUGGUGCGCCUGAGAGACCCAGUGCAAAUGGGACCCAAGGUCUCCCCUAUCUGCCUACCAGGCACCUCCUCAGAAUAUGACCCCCCAGAGAAUGUCCUGGGGCUGAUCUCAGGCUGGGGUCGAACAAAUGCCAAAAGUCAUGUUAUUAAGCUCAGAGGGGCAAAGCUACCCGUUGCUCCCUUAUCCAAAUGCCGGGAGGUGAAGGGGGUCAAUCCUGGAAUAGAUAUCAGUUCUUUUGUUUUCACUGAGAACAUGAUCUGUGCCGGUAAUGACAAGGGUGUUGAUAGCUGUGAGGGGGACAGUGGUGGGGCCUUUGCCGUACAGGACCCUAAGGAAAACAACCCCAAGUUCUAUGUUGCUGGUUUGGUGUCCUGGGGCCCCCAGUGUGGGACCUACGGGAUCUACACUCGAGUCAAGAACUAUGUUGACUGGAUAAGGAAGACAAUGCAGGAAAAUAGUGCCCCCAGUGUAGACUAACCAUACAGGUUCUACCAGCCUCUCUAAGGGCCGUGACCCCUCUGGACUUUCUGUUCCUCACAAUAAUCCCAUUAUUUCAUCAUGACUGAGAGAGGACAUGGGAGUAAGAUUGAGCUGUUGAUAGAACUUGUUUGUUGGGAUACCUGAUUGGAGGUAGGGUUCUGCUCCUGUGGUUGUGUUGGUCUUGGAUGACCCACUCCUGUUCCAGUUCUGACUCUGAAAUUUGCUGUGGGGCAUUCUCUUGAUUUUUUUGUUUCCCCUUUACCUGUUUGAAGUUGACUGUAUCAUUUCUGCUAUCUACUUGUAAUAAAGCAUGUUUAUAACCCA